AUGGUGGAGGAUUUGAUCAAUGAAAUGUUACACUCUGGCAUCAUACAACCUAGUCACAGUCCUUUUACUGUUCCUAUCCUCUUAGUCAAAAAGAAAGACAAUACUUGGAGGUUUUGUGUGGAUUAUAGAAGACUCAAAAUCAUUACAAUCAAAGACAAAUUUCCCAUUCCAGUUAUAGAUGAACUCAAGGGUGUUGUUUGGUUUACAAAGAUUGAUUUAAGGUCUGGGUACCACCAAAUCAGGGUCUACUUUGAAGACAUUUACAAGACUGCUUUCAGAACACAUCAGGACCAUUAUGAAUUUAAAGUAAUGCCUUUUGGCCUCACCAAUGCAGCAGCCACUUUCCAAGCUCUUAUGAAUGACAUCUUUAAACAUCACUUAAGAAAGUUCAUUCUUGUGUUCUUUGAUGAUAUUCUGGUAUUUAGCCCCAUCUUGGAGGAUCAUAUCAACCAUUUAGAGUUAACCUUGAGCAUUCUGAGGAAGCACCAACUGUUUGCCAACUUCUCCAAAUGCUUCUUUUCUCAACAAGAAUUAGAGUAUUUGGGACAUAUAAUAUCCGCAGAGGGUGUCAAAGCUGACCCUACAAAAGUUUCAGCAAUGACUACUUGGCCUACCCCUUCAACUAUUAAGGAGUUAAGAGGCUUUCUUGUACUGACUGGAUAUUACAGGAAAUUUGUCAAAAACUAUGGCAUCAUCAGCAGACCACUGACUGACUUGCUCAAGAAAAAUGCAUUUCAAUGGACCCCAGCUGCUUCCAUUGCUUUUCAACAUCUCAAGACAUCCAUGUCUACUACUCCAGUUUUAGCUCUACCUGAUUUCACCAAAGAUUUCAUUCUUGAUGCUGAUGCAUGUGAUAAUGGCAUUGGUGUUGUUUUAUUACAAGAUGGAAAACCCAUAACAUUCUUUAGCCAACCUUUGGGUUCAAAGGCUGGUGCUCUAUCCACAUAUGAAAAGGAGAUGAUUGUCAUUGCUCAAGCUGUCACUAGAUGGAGACAUUACUUACAGGGCCAUCACUUUAUCAUCUCAACUGACCAUCAAAGUAUUAAGUACAUUCUUGAACAGAAAAUCACUACAGUACUCCAGCAAAAAUGGGUAAUCAAAUUACUGGGUUUUGACUAUGAGAUUAGGUAUAAAAAGCUAAUGGUGAAUACUUCCGCAGUGCCAUACUUUACAUAUGUUGAUGGUAUCUUAAGAUACAAGAACAGAUUGUACAUUGGCAGUGGAGCAAAUACUAGAACCACCAUCCUGGCUUCUGUGCAUUCAUCUUCAGUAGGUGGCCACUCUGGUAUACAAGCCUGGAAGCACAUAUCAAUGGACUUCAUUGAGGGCCUACCUGCAAGUGAGAGAAGAACUAUGAUUCUGGUGUUUGUUGAAAGACUAACAAAAUAUGCACACUUCAUUGCUCUGGUUCACCUAUAUACUGCCAUCACAGUGGCCAAAGAGUUCAUCAACCAAAUUUUCAGAUUGCAUGGCCUGCCUGCUUCAAUUGUUUCUGAUAGGGACAAGGUUUUCACCAGAUUAUUUUGGCAAGAUCUUUUCAGAGCUCUCAGCACAAGUCUCAACCUUAGCACAUCAUAUCAUCCUCAAUCUGAUGGCCAAACAGAGAGAGUUACCGCUUGCUUAGAAAAUUACUUAAGAUGUAUGACUGGCCACAAGCCUAAGCACUGGUUCAAAUGGCUUCCACUAGUAGAAUGGUGGUAUAACACUAACUUUCAUACAAGCAUUAGGAUGAGCCCCUUCAAGUCCUUGUAUGGAUAUGAACCACCUCAUCUUGCCUUUUCCUCCACAACCACCACUUCUAUCAAGGCAGUUGAAGAUUACUUGAAGUAUAGAGAUGCAACCUUAGAUAUUUUGAAGGAGUCUCUCCACAAAGCACAAGAAAGUAUGGUACACUAUGCUAAUGAGAAGAGAGUUGACAAGUCCUUUCAAGUAGGUGAUGCAGUCUACCUCAAACUCCAACCAUAUAGACAAUCUUCUAUUGCACCCAGAAAGAAUUUGAAGCUCUCUGCCAAAUAUUAUGGCCCAUUCUUGGUUCUCCAGAAGAUAGGCUCAAUAGCCUACAAACUUCAACUGCCUCUUAGCUCCAGAAUACACCCUAUCUUUCAUGUCUCCCAGUUGAAAAAGUUCAUAAAAAGUCAUACAUUCCUUAUGCUCAGUUACCAGUGGUGGAUGAUGCUGGUUAGAUUGUACUUCAUCCAGCUAUUAUCCUUGACACUAGAAGCAUCACAAGACAUGGCAGAACUGUGGAUCAACUGCUUAUCCAAUGGACUAAUUCUACAACUGAGGAUGAUACUUGGGAGGAUACUACAGAUAUCUCUGCUCAUUUUCCAAAUUUCAAUCCUUGAGGACAAGGAUUUGGUAGAGGGGAUGGUAUUGUCAUAUACCUAA